UCGGAGGUGAGUUGAAGCUUCGCCACCUUACCUUCGCCGACCUCCCUGUGGCCGUGGAGGUGCGAUGAAGAUGGACGAGGGGUCCAAGAAGCACCUUAAGGAGUGGCUGCUGGCGCAGGUGGACUCAGGUGCGUUCCAGGGUCUGAGCUGGCACGACCCCGGCAAGACCAUGUUCAGGAUCCCCUGGAAGCACGCGGCCAAGAAGGACUACAAGCAGACAGAAGAUGCCGCCCUCUUCAAGGCCUGGGCUUUGCACAAAGGCAAACACCGGGAGGGACAGGAUCGGGCCAACCCCAGCGUGUGGAAGACUCGCCUGCGAUGUGCACUCAACAAGAGCACAGACUUCCAGGUGGUGCCGGAACUCUGCCAGCAGGACGUCUCGGAGCCUUAUAAGGUCUACCGCAUCCGGCAAGGCCCUGGACCAGCUGGUCAGACCGAGUCUGCACAGACUAAAUACAGCACCCGAGCUGAGGAAUCGCCAAAGAACCCUGCUUGUCCAGAAUCCCAGCGAUCAUUUCAAGUCCGCAAAGAAAGAGAAGGAGGAAAAGAAGGAGAAGGAGAAGAAGAAGAAGAAGAAGAAGAAGAAGAAGAAGAAGAAAGAGAUGGAGGAGGAGGAGAAGAACCAGACGCGCCGAUAAGGGACCACGUGUAUUGUGAGCGGACUGGGAAAAACGUUCCCCCUCAGCACUUUGAUCCCCUGACCCUCUGCAGCUCCAUCCACAACAUAGCAAAUUUCACCAUGCGGGUGACCUUCUCGUACCAGGGCCGCACGGUGCUGGUGAGCACCACCACCAGUCCGGACGGCUGCUUCAUCCUGCAGGGCCGGGGGCCGGUAGCGAGUGAGCGUAUUUACGGGCCCUGCACGCCACAGCAGAUUUCCUUUCCGCCCUCGAGCUCCUUACACAUGUCGGCGCUCACCCUGGAAGCCAUCAAUCGCCUCCUCUGCCACCUGGAGAGGGGUGUGCUCCUAUGGGUGGCCCCCGAAGGGGUGUUCAUCAAGCGCUUCUGCCAGGGCAGGGUGUACUGGAGCGGUCCCUCGGCCCCGCACACCGAUCGGCCCAACAAACUAGACCGGGAGAAGACCUUCAAAUUGCUUGACAACUCAACGUUUCUCAAAGAUCUUCAGCGCUUUUUGCAAGGAAAGGGAACGCCGCCUCUUUACAGCAUAGAACUGUGCUUCGGAGAGGAGUACCCGGACCCGACCACCCCUAAAUCCCAAAAGCUGGUCAUGGUGCAGGUGGUUCCCAUGUUUGCAGUGGAUCUGCUGGAGAGGCUCGACUCGGACUAAACCAAGAACAAAAUUGACAGUCCUGUCCUGGGUAAAACUGAGAAGAUUAAUCCUGUCGUGAACCAGCAAAAUUAUUAUUAUUAUUAUCAUUAUUAUUUAAAACACAGACAAAACUGCUUGUAACUCCCGGUAGGAAUGUCGGAGAGACAUGAAACAAAAAAACCUCUAUGUAGGUCUCACUUAGACCUACAUUUUAAUAAUGACAUCCUUCAACAAAAAUUAACAGGAAGUUGGCAAAAAACCCUUUAAAACAAAAUGUUCCUAACAAAUGUCAUUUUUGCCAGUGUGUCGAUGUUAAGAUAUUUAGCUGAGUUGGUAAGUUUAUCUGUUUGCUAAUAGUAGCUACUAUCCAUCCAUCUUCUAACACUUAUCCGGGUUUGGGUCACGGGGGCAGCAGCCAAAGCGGUCCCGUCCAUCGCUGCUUGCAGCUUUAAUUAUUAUUAUUAUUAUUAUUAUUAUUAAAAAUUUCCUCCUUUACCUGCCACGGAAAACAGCAAAGAGCAGAAUUGUGUUAGGGAAAAUAAUUGUGAAUGUUUUUGUAUGAGAGAUGUAUCAUUUUUCAGUACAAAGUCAUGUCGUCAUCCUGUCUAAAUAAUAUCUGGUUGAAAUA